AGUGACUCAAGCUCUCACUUGAAGUGACAAGUCGUUCAAAGUCUGAGACAUUCGCAGACCAUGGCGGCAGUCUUUCCAGCGAACCAGGUGAUUGUGGUCGGAGGCGGUCUUGCAGGUAUGUCUGCCGCAAACACUGUGGUGGAGAAUGGUGGCAGGACUUUGUUGCUGGACAAGAGUUCCUUCUGCGGUGGCAACAGCACCAAAGCGACCAGUGGCAUCAAUGGAGCUGGCACCAAGACUCAGAAGACCAAGUCUAUCCCUGAUACUGCUGACAUUUUUGUGGCCGAUACAUUAAAGGGUGGUGCCAAGAAGCCGGAGUUGGCCAAGGUGUUGUGCGUGAACUCUGCGGCGGAUGUGGAUUGGUUGGUGGACAAGUUUGACCUGGACCUCUCCUUGGUGGCCCGACUGGGUGGACACUCGCAGCCCCGCACGCACCGUGGCAAGGAGCGAUUCCCUGGUAUGACCAUCACCUAUGCCUUGAUCCAGAUGUUGGAGAAGGUGGCGGAGAAGACCAACCGUGCCAGGAUCAUUACGAAGGCUGAGGUCUUCAAACUGCUCCAGAACGGCCGCAAUGUGGUGGGAUGUGAGUACCGAAAGGCUGGAAAGGUGGUGAAGGAGUUUGGCCCCAUGAUUUUGGCCUCUGGCGGCUUCGGCGCGGACUUUGGGUCCGACUCCUUGCUGGCCACGUACCGCCCCGACUUGUUGCACCUGCCCACCACCAACGGAGAGCAUUGCACAGGCGAUGCUAUCAAGAUGGGAGAGGCCAUUGGAGCUGCCACCAUCGACCUUGAAUGGGUCCAGGUGCAUCCUACUGGUUUGGUGAAGCCCGAUGACCCAGAUGCCAAGGUGAAGUUCUUGGCGGCUGAGGCGCUGCGCGGUGUGGGCGGCAUUGUGCUGGACGCCACGGGCAACCGCUUCUGCAAUGAGCUGGGACGCCGUGACUAUGUCACUGGGGAGAUGUGGAAAAACAAACCACCCUUCCGCCUUUGCUUGAACAGGGCUGCAGCUGAUGAGAUCAUUUGGCAUGCCAAGCACUACACUGGUCGUGGUGUGAUGAAGUUUUAUCCUUCUGGAGAGGACCUCGCCAAGGAUAUGGGUGUGCCUCUGCAAACGCUAGUGGACGCGCACCAGAAGCAUUUCGAGGCUGCAAAGAAGCAGGAGAAGGAUCCUGACGGUGGCCCAUUCCCUGCGUAUCCUUCGGGCAAGACUUGGGAUGAGCCCAGCGGCAAAACAGGCAGCGGCAAGAAGUUCUUCCACAACAUCAUCGAUGGAUCCAAGGUGGCCACUGAGCCGUUCUAUGUUGCCAUCAUCACCCCCGUGAUUCACUACUGCAUGGGCGGUUUGGAAUGCACCGUAGAUGCCGAAUGCAUCGACAAGUCGGGAAAGGUCAUCCCUGGUCUCUACGUGGCAGGUGAGGCUGCUGGCGGCAUUCACGGCAACAACCGCUUGGGUGGCAACUCGCUGUUGGACUGCGUGGUCUUUGGCCGUGUGGCUGGCAAGGCAGCCUGCAAGUUCACCUUCGGAAAGGAUGAGAAGUUCAAGCCAUGCCCUGUGCCCACUGAGCUCAAGGAACUCACGAAGUGAGUUCAGGUCACUAUCAGCUGUUGAUGGCUGUAGCAUCGCAGCUGACUAAAGCUGACCAAAAGAGUCACGACAGACGUCGCUUUUAAGCUUUUCUAAAGCCGUUCCCAUGUUGCGGGGCCCAUGUUGGUGUCUCGCGAUUGACGGAGCUCUGGCUUAACUUAGCUUCAAAAAAGUCCUUUCGGGUUCAGGGACUGCAUUUGAUUUGGCUCCCC